UGACGAGCAGUGAAAGGGCUAGUGUGAUUGAGUAUUGACAAUGUUAAUUGCCCCUAUUUGUUUUGAGCGUCUCGGGCUACAACCUCAUGUUCCGUUGCUUGUCAUAUACGUCAUGUCAAUUAUAACAUCAUGGUUGAAGAGAGUGGUUUGGCCAAGAUCCUGCUCUGGAGGAGAUCUUAUCUCACGAAGGUGCUGCUGCAUGAGUCGGUGCACGACUCGAUGGCCCCAGAUCUCCAAGCCCUGCUGUUUCGAGGGAGAAAUUUGUCCGACUUCCUGCGUAACUACCAGAACCUUAGCCGCAUGAAGAUGUGGGACGAGAAAGCAAUGUGCAAUAUGUUGCCACUAUUCGUUGGUGAAGAGUUAAGUGAGGAGAUAUAUACCCUUAUGUUGAAGUCACGAACCUGGGGCGAGUUUGAGAGUUCCUUAAGGUUAAGGUUUCCAGAGGAUGGAGAGGAGAGUCAACAUCGUGGCAAUCCUGUGCAAGUAAUAGAGAUUGCGCAAAUACAAGGCGACCUAAGCAGCAUACAAAGACAGAUGGGGGUAUUGGAAGGAAGGAUGAUACGACUAGAGGAAGCCAGGAAGGGCAAGCGGAAAAUCUCGAAAGGAACGCCAAGUGAACCAACUGGUGGGAAAGGAAAGGAGAAGGUAGAUGGCGACCAAGGGCCUUCCCCUCUCAUGAAGGUUCAGAGAAUGUCGUCGGGCGUUCAAGAGAGGGAAAGAGGUAAGGAGAUAGGUAAGGAAGAAAGGGAGCGUAAGCCUCCUCAGCUAACGAAGGCUCAGCGGAAGGCCAGAAACCUGGCCAAGGGAGGUCAAGGUACUGGAAAGGAGCAAUGUUCACGACAUGGGACGACUGCCCCACAAGGGCAAGGAAGCAGUUUUGCGCCAAUCGAGCCCUCUCCGAUCGGGUCGGCAUUACAUAGGUGGGGGCUGUCAUGCAAUCCAAUGAUUUCGUGGCCUAUGUGUAUGCCAUGUGCACUAGGUGGUCAGGACCCUAUAAGCCGAUAUGGACCUCACGUCAAUCCACUAAUGAGCUUUGAUACCGCCAUGACCUCCUACAAACCAAGCCCAACUUUUGGGGUCGCCCCACCCACCAGCACAGCGAGCGUCUCAGGGCAGUGCAGUAAGCGAGGAGGGCGAGGGCAAGGUAUUGGAACAGGUCGCGGGAAUGGCAGACGUGGUAGCAAUGGAGGCCGUGAAGGAGGCAGGCGAGGCAGUGAAGGUCGCGAUGAGCGUCAACGAAACCAUAGGUGGAAGCAACUGUGAAAGGGAAGCUAAAGUGUCGAGCAUAACCCCUUAAUUACAGUAGAGGGGUGUGUGGAUUGUAUAAGAAAAGAUUGGAGAACUAGAUAAGUGGUAUUCAUAAGUAAGAGAACCCAGUUGUAUGGUCGUCAUUAGAGGUAAAAAGGGAUUGAGGGUUUAACAAUAAGGUCUGGUAAGGAUCUGACUAGGCAGACUGAUUCAGGGGUAUAAUCCUAACAGAUAGUUGUACAAAUGUGAGUGGCAUGGGGUAUUUAGGAAGUGAUCGUAGUGUGAAUAUUGAAUUCCCUAACUCUAAGUGGGGUGUGGUCAGAUUAGGUGUCUGUAACUGCAAGGAUUAGGGUGAUGUUGACGCCUAACUCGAUAGAGUUUCAAUAAAUACUGACUUCAUGA